AUGAAAAAUCAAAUGGAACGUUUAAUUAUAAUAUUCACUUUGUACAUAAACAUUGCCUUUUCAGCACCAUACAAUUACGGCUUUGAACAACAAAUCGCCUGGUGUGAAAUGAAAAACGAUGUUUCAAAACCAGUAAGCGGAUUCUUUGUACUCUCACAAACGCAAGGCAUCUCACCAAAAAUGAUAUUGUAUGGCGCGUGGGAAACUGGAUUCGACGAUCCUGAUCCGGAUGCAUAUUCAUUUAUUAUUACUCCAGCAAAUUAUAAUCUUACUGAGAAAUUAAAAGUUGUUCCGCGUGAAGGAGGAGCAACUGAUCCAUGGUUUAUAACGCUGCACGAUGUCUUGUUGUCGAGUCUGUCUACGUAUGAGGAUGAUGAUAAAAGUGUUAGUUUGACCGGGGAACAACAAUCUUUUCAAGUUAUUUAUAAGGAUUCUGUUAUUGGAUCUGGUCCUAUUGUUCUUCUUUGA